AGGAGGGAGAGAAAGCAAGCAAGAAAAUGAGCGAGCGAGGAGCCGCAGGGAGAACUGAAAGUUGAAGCAAUCUAAAGCCCUGCGCUUCCUUCCUCUGCCUCCCUGUCCCUGUCAGCCACUUUGCCGGAGGCUGCUUAAGGCUAGUGCCUGCAUGCCAGGACAGCUGCUACAGUCAGCAGGUUUCCCUGAGGCCAAAUCUACAGAAAUAGAGAGUCUUUCAAAAAAAAUCAGUUUGAACUGAAGAAACUUGAAGAGGUGUUGUGAGGAAACAGGUGUUUUCUGCUGGCUGCUGGAUACCAAAUUCAAGAGCGUUUUCUUGCUGGUGAACAUGCAUACAACCUGACUAUUUCUACAUGACUGUGUGGGACAAUAUGAAAUGAAGUCAUGUCAUCCACAGGCAAUGGCACUGAUAUUGAAGAAUUUUUGGUCAACAUUAACCUUGCACAGUAUCUUCCUAACUUUAAAAAAUAUGGCUAUAACAGUGUGACAGAUUGUGUGGGAAUAAAUAACAAUGUGCUUCAGCAAAUGGGAGUGUUACCUACAGGGCAUCGCAGAAGGAUUCUUAAGCAGUUAGACAGUCUUUUGAAAACUCAAGGAAGUUACUUUUUCCGUGAAAAUCUAAAAUUCAAAGACUUGAAAGGUUUGGAAGAAAAGCAAUAUUCAUCCUCAGAUCAGGAGUCUCCUGUAAGCAGUUCAAGUUUAGAUGGGGCUGAUGUGAUACCUGCAGCAUCAUCAGAACAACUUCUUAAAAAAUCUUAUCUUAAUAAGGAAAAGUUUGAAUUUGCAGAGGAAAACUCAAUGGAGGCAAAUGAUGAAAGCUUUACAAAUUUGGAUUUUUCCAGGUUAUACCAGAAUUCAGACAGCUUAGUAAAAGCUGUCAGUCAAAGCAGAAAUAUCAAGAUGAAUACUCAGCCAGAUGCAUCACUGACAGAAACUGCUGCAUACCAAGCUGAUGAGCACUUGACUGGCCCUUUGGUGUUUCGUGAUCCUCCUUCAUUUGUUCGUUCAUGUGAGACAAAAUGCAAGGAAAACAAACAUCAGAGGUUUGCAGAUGAGGGUGAUUUUAUAUCUGAUAGUAGACCGGAUUCUUCAUUCUAUAAGUUUAAAGGAGAAAUGAUAGACAAUGACUUAUAUGAUUCCUGUACACUAAACUGCAUGAAAGUAUUUCCAAGAGCAAGCCGAUCUUUUAUCUUAAGGCAUCGACCUGUACCAGAAAUUCCCGAAUCAAGUAAAGUUCAAUCUUCAUCAAGUUCCCUUCAGAGAAGAAGAAAUAUGGACCUUGUAAAUACUUCUUGCACUGGGAGGCAAAUUUCACAAAACAAUACUUUCAUGGAGGAAAAGCCACCCAUUAUCUCUCCAUAUGGGGAAACCUUUAUUUGUGACAACGCUAAAGAUACUAAAGAACUUCAUGGAGAUGAACUCCUGGCUUGUGAAAAUAAAUUGCAUCUAGGAAAGAAUGAAGAAUAUUCUUCCAAGAAUCUAUGUUACUGUAAUAAUCAGAAGGAGAAGACAAAAGAAUUUGCAAAAAAUGAAUUCUUGUCUCAGGAAGACCCACCAUUAACACCAGAAGAAUCUGAAAGUGAAUCUGUGUAUUCUAUUGUGGAACAACAUUCUUUAUCUUUAAAGAAAAAGAAAAAGAAAACCAAAACACACUCAGCAUCUUGCAGUAAGAUACAAAGUGGAGAUUCUGAUCGCUUGGCCAGUGAACAAAUGAAUUUUUGGCAAUUUGGUGGAGAUAGAACUUUGAUUGGAAAUGAAUCGAUAACACCAUAUGCUUGCUUUUACGGACCGUCAGUAAAGAAGGUUAAAGCAGGAUGGCUGGAUAAAUUAUCCCCUCAAGGCAAACGUGUGUUUCAGAAGCGCUGGGUCAAAUUUGAUGGAGAGAGCAUUUCUUAUUACAACAAUGAAAAGGAAGUGUUCUCAAAAGGAAUAAUACUGCUCUCUGCAAUAGCAACAGUAAGAGUUCAUGGGGAGAAUAAGUUUGAAGUAGUCACAUCCCACAGGACUUUCGUUUUCCGUGUGGAUAAAGAGGAAGAAAGAAAUGACUGGGUUAAUACAAUACUCAAUGCCUUGAAAUUGCAGUCUGAUAAUAACUCUCAGUCUCGAACUUCAGUCACCCCUGAGAAAAGUGGGUAUCUGGAGCUGAAAGGAUACAAAACCAAGAUCUUUAUUCUACUUCAGGGGAGUACUGUAUGGAUCUGCAAAAAUGAGCAGGACUUCAAGACAGGAUUUGGUAUCACUUUAAUUCCUAUGAAUGUGGCAAAUGUAAAACAAUUGGAUCGGGCUGCAAAGCAAUCUUUUGAAAUAAUUACUCCUUAUAAAAGCUUUAGCUUUACAGCAGAGUCAGAAAGAGAGAAACAAGACUGGAUUGAAGCACUCCAGCAAUCAAUAGCAGAAACUCUAUCUGAUUAUGAAGUAGCAGAGAAGAUUUGGUUCAAUGAGUCCAACAGGAGCUGCGCUGACUGUAAAGCUCCUAGUCCUGACUGGGCAUCCAUCAAUCUCUGUGUUGUCAUUUGUAAGAAGUGUGCAGGACAACACAGAUCUUUAGGACCCAGAGAUUCAAAGGUCAGGAGUCUAAAAAUGGAUGCCAGCAUUUGGAGCAAUGAACUUAUUGAGCUGUUUAUUGUCAUUGGAAAUAAGAGGGCAAACAGCUUUUGGGCUGGAAAUCUUCCUCCAGAUGAAGAAUUGCAUAUUGAUGACCCAGCAGAGAAAAGGAUUGCAUUCAUUACACAAAAAUACAAAGAGGGAAAAUUCAGGAAAACACCUUUUCACUACAAAACCAAGGAGCAGUUGAAUAAGGCCCUGUGUGCUGCUGUGGUCAGACAAGACGUGUUAGAAACUCUGAUGUUACUCUUCAGUGGGGCUGAUGCGAUGUGUGCCACUGGAGACCCUCUUUACAGCACCCCUUACUUAUUAGCCAAGAAAGCUGGACAAAGACUGCAGAUGGAAUUCCUGUACCAUAAUAAGUUCUCAGAUUUCCCAAACUAUGAUCCUUGUUUUGAAAGUGACUUCUCAGAAGAUACUUCGCAUUCCACCUUUCUUUGUGAAUUCUUGUACAAAGUUUCUUCUAAUGCAGCUAAGCUUCCUACAGAGAAGAAAUUAAAAGAAGAUUGCAACAAAAGAUGGUGCACUUUGGAAAGUGGCUUUCUGAGCUACUAUGAAAAUGAUAAAACUACCACUCCUAAUGGUAUGAUUGACAUCAGUGAAGUUAUCUGCCUCGUAGUACACAAGUCAGACUUCUUUUUAAAUAGAGGGGACAUCUUUACAUUUGAAAUACACUUAAUGUCAGAACGUGUUUUUCUAUUUGGAGCUGAAACUGCAUAUUCACAAAGAAAAUGGACUUCAGCAAUAGCUAAGCAUUUUGUUCCCCCGGUGGCUGAAUCAUUGUUAGAGCGAGACUGUGACCUCAUUGGGCAGCUGUACUACAAAGAUUGCCAUAACCUGGAUCAGUGGAGAAAAGGCUGGUUUGCUAUAGAGAAGUCGAGCCUUUAUUUUUGUCUUGAAAUGGAGGACGCUGAAGAAGAUUCCAUAUAUCUAAGGAGGUUGCAAGAACUUACAACCAGUAGUGUGAUGCAAAAUGGAGAGAGAAUAGAUGUCCUGCUACUCGUUGAAAAAGGAAGAACGCUAUACCUCCAUGGCCAUACAAAGCUGGAUUUCAUGGUCUGGUAUACUGCAAUUGAAAAAGCAGCAGGUACAGAUGGUAAUGCAUUACAAGAUCAGCAGCUCAGCAAAAAUGAUGUUCCUAUUAUAGUGAACAGCUGCAUAGCGUUUGUUACACAGUAUGGUUUAGGUAGCAAGCAAAUCUAUCUUAAGAAUGGUGAUUCUUCCAGUGUGGCUGAACUGCUGGAAAGCUUCAAAAAAGAUGCAAGAAGUGUUAAGCUAAGAGCAGGAAAACAUCAGCUUGAAGAUGUGACUGAUGUACUGAAAAGUUUUCUUUCUCAAAUAGAUGAUGCACUUCUCACUAAAGAACUUUAUCCAUUCUGGAUCUCUGCAUUAGAUACGCAGAAUGAAAAGGAACGUGUGAGGAAGUACACAGCUUUUAUUCGGAGUCUUCCACCAGUCAAUAGAGCAACUUUGGCUGCUUUAAUUGAACAUCUUUACAGGGUGCAGAAGUGUUCUGAAAUUAACCAAAUGAACCCUCACAAUUUAGCCAUGGCGUUUUCCUCAUGCUUAUUUCAAACUAAAGGCCAAACUAGUGAAGAAGUCAAUGUAAUUGAAGAUCUAAUUAAAAAUUAUGUGCAACUUUUUCAUAUAAAUGAAGACCAAGUCAAACAAAUGGAUAUAGAGAACAGUUUUAUUACAAGGUGGAAGGACACUCAGGUUUCCCAGGCUGGAGAUUUACUUAUUGAAGUUUAUGUGGAAAGAAAGGAGCCAGACUGUAGUAUUAUAAUCAGGGUAUCACCUUUGAUGGAAGCAGAAGAAUUAACUAAUGAUGUUUUAGGAAUCAAAAACAUUAUUCCCAGCAAAGAUGAUAUCUGGGCUGCUUUUGAAGUACUUGAAAAUGGAGAAUUAGAACGUCCUCUGCAUUAUACAGAGAAUGUACUAGAACAAGUUCUUCACUGGAGUUCAUUACCAGAGCCUGGCACUGCAUAUCUAAUAAUAAAGAGAUUUCUAACAGCAGACAUGGUGAAUCUCUACAGUGAAAAAAAUGAGAAAGGUAGUGUGAAAGCAGGCAAUCUGAAGUACAAGGAAGAGCCAUCAAAACUACUGUCUGGAAACAAAUUUCAAGACCGUUACUUUGUGUUACGGGAAGGAAACUUGCUUCUUUAUAAGGAUAUGAAGGCUAGCAAACCUGAAAAAGUGUUGCCUGUCAAUUCUCUGAAGCUUUAUCUUGGAGUGAAAAGGAAAAUGAAGCCACCAACAAACUGGGGACUUGCAGUGUUUUCUGAAAAACACCAGUGGUAUAUAUGUUGUGAUGGACAAGAUGUGCAGAUGGAGUGGAUGAUCAGCAUUUUUAUGGCACAGCAUGCAGAUAUAUGGCCGCCUGCUGGAAAAGCAAGAAAACAGUCCAUAACUAAAAGUCCAAAGAUCAGAGGCUUACCACUAAUUCCCAUUCAUCAGGAGAAGAACACUUGUAAAAUCAGAGGGAAUACAGAACGUAUAGAACUACAAACUGGAAAAUCAAGAUUUGGUGAACACCAUGAUAACGAACUUCUAGAAGAAAGAAAAAACUUGAAAGAAAAAGCAUCUAUUGUGGCACAAUGUUUGGAAAGAAAGGAGGAGAAAGUGCAAAAUCAUGCAAAAACACAUCAAAAUUUGAUUUCUGAAGAUGAUGCAGGCUCAGGGAUGCCUGAAUUACACCAAAGAUCACAUAAGACACUGAAGAAAAAUAAAAACAAACCGAACAAAACUACUUUGGAACUAGAUAGUAAAUUACCAUCAGAUGUGAUUCAGGAACUAAAUACAGUGCUGCAGAAGAACAGAGCACUUCAUGAAACCUCCAGCUGAUUUCUUCAGGCUGAAGCAUAAUGCUUAUAUAUAUAUUUUUGUGUUUUAUAUAUAUAUAUAUUCUAUUCAAAAGUAAAGUUUUGAAGUGUGUAAUUUGUACAGUGCAGAGGAAAUAAGGAAGUAUAGUUUGUUUAUAUACAGCUAUUGAUUUUGUAUAUGUGUAUGCCCAAUGUAAUUAUUUAAGACUGAACUGGGAGAACUGAUAAUAUAAAACUCCUGAAGUUUGGAAGUUUUUCUGUGCAGUGCAAGGACACCAGAGCUUUGUCUAUUUUGUUGUUGUUGUUCCAGAUUUUGUUGGAUACAAGGAUUCUAAGAACUGUCAAAGGCUUUUGCUCUGUUUAUAUUCUGUACUACCUUGUAAAUACUGGAGAGAUAUUUUUAAAAGAGAAGAUACACUCUGAAAUUCAUACUAUUGACUGCAAUAUUUUUAAUUGUCUAACACUAUAAAAAUUAGUAACAUAUGAUUUGAAA